AUGCCGCCGCCGUCGCCGUCUCUGCCUCUCCGGUGGCUUCUCCGCCAUUGUCUGACCUCUAGAUCUUCUCCUACUCGUCUUCCUCCGCCGGCUUCGGCUCACCAGUCCAUCCCUUCCACUUUCGCUCCCUCCCAUCUCCCUAAAUCUUCCUUUGUUCCGGCUUCUUUCUCAACGAGGUACUUUUCAUCUCAAUCCCCGAGCCCUGCUUCCAUUUCGGAGCUAGACUCAGUAGCUCAGUCUCUAUCCGCCGAACUGCUCACAGAUCCAACCGUCGACUCCCUGCCAGUCCCGCAGAGGCUCAGCCUAAGCUUCUCCCAUCUCGCCGGCUCAAUAACUCCUUCUCUGAUUCUGCAAACGCUCAGUCUUUCCCCCAACGCUGGCCGCGCUGUGCUAGGAUUCCACCAAUGGCUGGUCAGUAAUCUCGAUUUCAAACAUACGGAUGAAACAGUAUCGUUUUUUAUUGAUUAUUUUGGUAGACGGAAGGAUUUUAAGGCCACCCAUGAACUGCUGGUGGAGGGGAAAGGUGUUAUUGGGUCUAGAACGUUCGAAUCAAUGGUUGAUAGGCUUGUCAGGGCAGGCAGGCCUAAGCAGGUUGUGGAGUUUUUUGGGAAGAUGGAGGCAGACUAUGGGUUUAAGCGCGAUAGAGACUCGCUUACUUUGGUGGUCAGAAAGCUGUGUGAUCAUGGCCAUGCGAACUACGCUGAGAAGAUGGUGAAAAAUGUAGCUAAUGAGAUAUUCCCUGAUGAGACCAUCUGUGAUCUGCUGAUUAAAGGUUGGUGUGUUGAUGGGAAACUUGAUGAGGCCAAAAGAUUAGCAGGCGAGAUAUACAGGGGUGGAUUUGAGCUCAGUGUCGUGUCGUACAAUGCUCUUCUGGAUUGUGUGUGUAAGCUCUGCAGGGAAAAGGACCCUUUUAGGAUGCAGGCCGAAGCUGAGAAAGUUUUGGUGGAGAUGGACGUUCGAGGGAUUCCUAGAGAUGUGGAGACAUUCAAUGUGCUGUUCACUAACAUGUGCAAGUUGAGGAGAACACAAGAGGCCAUGGAUUUGUUCCAGAGGAUGGGGGAGUGGGGAUGUUAUCCUAAUGCCACCACUUUCCUUGUGCUGAUUAAGAGCUUGUAUCAGGCAGCAAGAGUUGGAGAGGGAGAUGAAAUGAUUGAUAGGAUGAAAAGUGCUGGUUAUGGGGAUAAGCUCGAUAUAAAAACAUAUUAUGGGUUCUUGAAGAUAUUGUGUGGGAUUGAGAGGAUUGAGCAUGCCAUGGGUGUGUUCGAGAUGAUGAAGGCAGACGGUUGCAACCCUGGAUUGAAGACUUAUGAGUUGUUGAUGGAGAAUUGGUGUGCUCGUAACCGUCUGGAUAAAGCAAAUUCUCUCUACAGUGAAGCAGUGAGUAAUGGAGUACCAGUCACGCCCAAAGAAUACAAGAUUGACCCUAGAUACUUGCCCAAGCCAAAGGCUGUGAAGAAGGGGAAGAAGAGGGAAACACUGCCUGAAAAAACAGCCAGGAAAAAGAGGCGUCUCAAGCAGAUUAGACUAAGUUUUGUCAAGAAGCCGAAGAAACAGGCAAUGCGUAGGCCAUAUUAG